UUCUUAUCAAGUGAGAGAAGCUCGUGUUAAUGAGCAUCGAAUACUCGUACGUUUAGGUGUCGUCGUUGGCAAUUGGAAAUAACCAACUCGAAUUUUUAUUUCAUUUCUGUAUCAUUUUUAUUCUUAACAAACCACGUAUUGUAAUACUCGUACGAUAACACUUAUCUUUCAAGUUCACAAUACCUACAUCUGAAUUAAGUCGUAAAAAAACAUGUAAAUAUAGGCUAUAGUAUUUUGUCUCAUUAGAUAUAGGUGCUAACACUCGAGUGAUAAAAUGGGCUUUUCAAAACAUUGCAGUGAAAUGUGAAACUGAACAUACGAGUACUUCGCAGAGUGCGAUCGUUAUGUAAAUUUCCAUCAUGAAAAGCAAAGCGAUCGACGAUCAAAACGCAUCUAUUCCACUUCAGGAAGUUCAUGGUGAUGAAAAAUGGCGAAUAGAAACUGAAAAACCACCAUUGGUCCCUUCCAAACGACUUCUAAUAACCAUAUUAUUAUUCUUGUCGAAUGCAAACCAGCUAUGGAUGAGAUACAAUGCAAAUGUCGCCGUUAUCGAAAUGACAUCCUCGAAAACAAUUCUCGUCGAUGGGAAUCGUAAUGUGACACAAUUGGCAGAAUUUCAAUGGGAUACUAAAACGGUUGGAUUCGUUUUGAGCAUCGUUCACUAUGGAUAUUUAUUAUCGUUUUUGAGCGGAUUUGUCAUAUCAAAGGUCGGAGGAUCGACUGGUAUGGCGGUAUCGAUGAUGAUCUCUGGUAUUUUGACUGUUACUCAACCACUCGCUUUGAGCUGUAGUUUCUAUUUAUUUGUAGCAUGUCGUUUCCUAAUCGGAGUGGGUGAGGGAUUCGCUUAUACUGGUCUUAUCGAAGUUUCUUCACGUUGGAUGCCAAAAAGUGAACGUGGAACUUUACUGUCCUGCAGCCUUAAUGGUUUUUAUGUCGGAGUAGCAACUAUAUAUCCCUUUUGUGCAUUUAUAGUAUCGAUAUGGGGAUGGCCCAUGGUGUUUUACGUCACAGGUAUCAUAAGCUGGACCUUUUCAUUAAUUUGCUUAAUUUUGAUGCGAAAUCAUCCAUCAGAAGAUAAAUGGAUCUCCAAAAAGGAACUCGCAUUCAUACUGCGAGAAACCAACACACCCGGAACUAAAAAAGUUACAACUCAUCCAGCCGAACUUGUAUUCAAAUCUAUUCCAGUUCUGGUGCUCUACUUGACGAAUUUUUUUAGUGGCUGGAUCGUAAACACAGCAGUAUCUUGUUUACCUUUGUAUGUAAAAGAUUCCACAGGGAAAAAUACCAAAGAAGUAGCGUUAAUUUCUUCGCUUCCUAAUUGUCUAUGUAUUCUCAUUGCUGCAUCCAGUGGUCCAAUGAUGGAUUACUGGAAGGGUAGAAGCAAGAUUGCACAAACUCAGAUGCAUAAAAUAGUGAUAGGCGUAGGGUUCACUGUCCAGUUGAUUUCAUUCCUUGUUCAGACAUUUCUGGGCGACUUGACAACGACCAUAAUCAUUUUCGUUGUGAUCCGACUGUUCGAACCCUUUGUUUUGCUCACUCUGGGACUGAUCUCUAUCAACAUAGCACCAAAUCACACAGGUCUUAUCGCAGGUUAUACUUCAUUUUGGUAUUCAAUAGGUCCGAUUGCAGCUCAAACUGUAGCAAGUUUUAUGACCACCGACCAGACGAUAAACGAAUGGAAUAACUAUUUUUUGCUCACAGCUGGAAUUGCGUUGCUGGGCACGAUUCUGUUCACUUUAUAUGGGUCUAGUGAACCUCAGCCAUGGUCAAUAUCACCCAAUUUUGGAAAGCAAUCGCAUAAAAACGAGGCAGCAGAAACUUUAAACAUCAACUUCGAAUAGUUCUUAUGAUUUUUAAAAUAAAAUGACAGAAACA